AUCAAGUGAUCUAUCUACCCCAGACCAAUUCCAAACCCCAAUUUACUUGAUUAUCUAUCCUCUCCUGAACCUAGUUAGUCCACUGCUUUAAUUUAUUAGAAUUGUCCCCCUGCAAUGCGAAUCCUCCCCCGCCACCAACGAGUCCUAAUCCCACUGUGCCGCCAACCCCGGAUCAUUCGCACCUUUACCACUCACAGUCCCAGCCGCAACAACAGCAUAAUGCCACCUCUGAAUCUCGCAUCAAAGAAAGCCAUCUCACGAUUAAGAAACUAUGUCCCGCCACCAACGAAUUAUGAGUCCGUGCCGCUGUCUAGACGUGCGGCCGUGCUGGUUCUGCUGUAUGCGGAUCGGAGGGGGGAUUUGAGGGUGGUGUUGACGAUGAGGGCGGCGACGUUGAGUUCGUAUGCUGGACAGGCUGCUUUGCCGGGUGGAAAAGCCGAUGCAUUAGAAGAAACGCCCUUCCAGACGGCUCGACGUGAAGCCAAAGAGGAAAUCGGACUUCCUGAUACCAAUCAGAAACUGUCGCAGCCUUUCACGGUCGAGCAUCUCUGCGAGUUCCCGGCUAAUCUGGCGCGGACGGAACUGGUAGUUCGGCCGUGUGUGGCGCUAUUGCAUUCUUUUGAUGAGCGAACGGGUGAGAAUGCCGAUCCCGAGGUGUCCUUGAUACCUAGGUUGGAUGCGCGGGAGGUGGCUGCGGUGUUUACGGCGCCGUUUCGGAAUUUCCUCCGGAGUAGGGAUGAGGAGGAUUGGGGCGGGGAUCCGGCGGAUUGGUAUAAGGGGGCUUGGACGGAGUGGCAUCAGUCGGAUUGGCGGAUGCAUCAGUUUUUUGUCCCGGUUCGGCCUAAAGAGGUGGUCAAGCCGAAAGAUUGGAAUAAGGAGCAGAAACAGGUAAUCGACCGCUUGGAGGAACAGGAGAAGGCCGAGCAGGUAAUCCGCUACCGGGUGUUUGGGAUGACGGCACGAAUGCUGGUGGAUGUGGCGCGGGUUGCAUAUGCAGAAGAGCCCGAGUUUGAGCAUAACAGCCACUUCGGAGAUGAAGCGAUCAUUGCGCAGUUGCAAAAAAUGGGCCGCUUGAGUCCGAUCCGGAAGAAGGGGGACCAGUUGACGAGGGAGGAUAUGAGGAUGGCGGCGAAGCUUAGUUGA